GAAACAAAGACGGGAGCCAAACAAGUCAAAACUCUCCACUCGUUCUCACUCAUCCUCGCAUCCUCACCGUCUCCAACGUGCAUCACUAGCACUUCCAGCGUCCUCUUCAUCGUUCCCAACGUCCUCGUCACUUAAGACUUACCCUUGGACAUAAUCAUCACGAUUUCCUCGAUGAUUCUCGCUUCUCUCCUCGCUGUUGUGCUCGCGGUCCCCGCUUUGGGCCAAGACAUCGUCUACACUUCCAUACAUAACAUCACCAACAUCUACGGUACUUGGAGCUCGGGUAGUCAAAAUGUCAUGACUGGCCCAGGGUUCGCCCAACCUGCCAACGAGUCUUUCAUAUACCCGAAGACGACCGGUUUAUCCUAUUCUUUCACGUCCGAUGGUUACUACGAAAUCGCUCGGUAUCGUAUGAACGGCAAUGGUUCACAGCCCAACUGCAUUACGGGUGUCUUGAACUGGUGUCACGGUACUUAUACCUUGAAUCCUAACGGGUCAAUCACCACAAUCCCUUUCGGUGAUGGCUACCAACAAAUCCAAGACCCUUGUGCCGCCUACUCUAACUUUGUCCAAAACUAUAAUGAUACAGAAAUCUAUGUCCAGUGGGGCAUCUCUCAGGAUCCAGUCAAGGGAUACACCCUCCAGCUAUACCAGUACGACGGUACCCCCCUGGCACCCCAGUGGCUCGUCUCCACUUCUCCCAACAUGCUUCCUACCCAGUCUCUGCGCAACGUGACGCCACCCCUGACGACGAACAGUGGGCUCACGCAGAACGCAAUUGUGCUAAACAAAAACGCGGGCGAGCGGAGAUGGGCUAUUGGGAGCAUUCAUGGAAUUCUGGCCAUUGCAUCUGGGUUGGGCAUGAUGUCGUUACUAUUGUAGAUAAGGAGGAGUGCCUAUAUUGAGUGGCAUUUUUUUUAUUUCAUCUGAGACGCCUUUUCUUUUCUACUGUUAGCACGCUUUUUUUUUUUUUGCAUCGGACCCCCUUAUGGCCGUGGACAAAUACCUACCUGUGCCCCGUUCGUGUCCAUAGUAGUUAAUACUCACGGAUGCUCACGAUCGACUUGGCUCAGUUCACACUCGUUUUGCCCAUGGAUAAUGGUUUUUUUAUGUGUGCGUUUGAUAUUAUACCCAGCGAGUAAUAAAGAUAGUACUAGAAGGUCCACUUAGUUACUGCUGUACAGUUCUCAGGCAGGAUCGGUAGCCAGUGACGUGACAAUGACAUGCCAUGAUAGUGACACGUGACAUCGAU